UGGGGUGGGGCAUUUCCUCUAGCGUCGGGUUUCUCCAGCGCACUGGUAUUUAAAUCUGAUGCACUGGGAAGCCUGUGGACGCCUGUCAUCGUGAGUGAAUCUGCUCUACUGGAGGAUUUGGCACUCGUUUCUUUCAUAAUAGAAAUUGUAUCUCUUGCAUUUGCUCAGUAAUACAUUGUAUCUUCUAGCGGCGCGCGCUUUUAUUCCAACAAUCCUGAAUGAAAUGCUGCGUGCUUGGCCAUGUUUUCAACCGUGACAUAUAAGCAGAAUAUUAUAUAAUGCAUCAUUAUCAUUUUGUAAUUAUGGUCUAGUCAUUUGUGCGUUUUGUGUCGUGAGUGGCCUAUAGAGACAAGGGGACAGUUUCAAUGGACUCUUAAAAAACAUCGACGUCAGUUCAAAUGCAUUCAUUUGAAUAGGUCUUCAGCUCGUUUGUGCAUAUUGUGAAAUAAUAAUACAAGGGGAAAAAAACAGAUAUAUCGUCUACGGUUGCCUAUACUCGAGUUGCAUCAUGUUCAGCUGGUUGGGUACCGAUGACAGGAGGAAGAGAGAUCCAGAGGUCUUCCAGACUGUCAGUGAAGGACUCAAGAAGCUUUACAAAACCAAACUGCUCCCACUGGAGGAACACUACAAAUUCCACGAGUUUCACUCACCCGCUUUGGAGGAUGCAGAUUUUGACAAUAAGCCAAUGGUACUCCUGGUGGGACAGUAUUCCACUGGCAAAACCAGCUUCAUAAGAUAUCUUCUGGAGCAGGACUUCCCUGGCAUGCGGAUCGGUCCAGAACCAACAACUGACUCCUUCAUAGCAGUGAUGCACGGCACCAUGGAGGGACUAAUACCAGGAAACGCUCUGGUAGUGGAUCCCAAAAAACCCUUUCGGAAACUCAAUGCCUUUGGCAAUGCCUUCCUUAACAGGUUUGUGUGUGCCCAGCUGCCCAACCCUGUUCUGGAGAGCAUCAGUGUGAUUGACACCCCAGGAAUCCUGAGCGGAGAGAAACAGAGGAUCAGCAGAGUUGCUAAAGAAGAUGGCUUUGGUUAUAGCUUCCUGCAUAAAUGUCCAUAUGGAGGCUACGACUUCGCUGCUGUGUUGGAGUGGUUCGCGGAACGCGUGGACCGCAUCAUUCUGCUGUUUGACGCCCACAAGCUGGACAUCUCAGACGAGUUCUCAGAGGUCAUCAAGGCCCUCAAGAACCACGAGGACAAGAUCCGCGUUGUGCUCAACAAGGCCGAUCAGAUCGAGACGCAGCAGUUAAUGCGCGUCUAUGGCGCCCUCAUGUGGUCGCUGGGGAAGAUUGUCAACACACCUGAGGUGAUUCGUGUCUACAUCGGCUCUUUUUGGUCACAUCCAUUACUGAUUCCAGACAAUCGCAAACUGUUUGAGGUGGAAGAGAAAGACCUGUUCAAGGAUAUCCAGUCGCUGCCCCGUAACGCCGCCCUUCGCAAACUCAACGAUCUGAUCAAAAGAGCUCGUCUUGCUAAGGUCCAUGCAUACAUCAUUAGCUCCUUGAAAAAAGAGAUGCCCACAGUCUUUGGGAAGGACAACAAAAAGAAGGAGCUGAUUAACAGCUUGGGCGAGAUCUACAGCCGCAUUGAGAAGGAGCACCAGAUUUCCCCGGGAGACUUCCCUAAUCUUAAGAAAAUGCAGGAGCAGCUUCAAGCACAUGAUCUGAACAAGUUCCAUCCUCUGAAAAUGAAGCUGUUGGACACCGUGGAUGACAUGCUGGCCCACGACAUCGCCCAGCUUAUGGUUCUGGUGCGCCAGGAGGAGACGCAGCACCCUAACCAGGGGGUGAAGGGCGGUGCCUUCGAGGGAACCAUGAAUGGGCCGUUCGGACACGGUUAUGGCGAGGGAGCCGGCGAGGGCAUUGAUGAAGUCGAAUGGGUGGUGGCUCGUGACAAACCUAUGUAUGAUGAAAUCUUCUACACUCUCUCACCCGUCAAUGGAAAAGUGACUGGAGCCAAUGCCAAGAGGGAGAUGGUGAAGUCCAAACUGCCCAACACUGUGCUGGGUAAGAUCUGGAAACUGGCUGACAUUGAUAACGAUGGGAUGCUCGAUGACGAGGAGUUCGCCCUGGCCAAUCAUCUGAUCAAGGUCAAACUAGAAGGUCACGAGCUUCCGAGCGAACUGCCCGCUCAUCUUGUGCCACCCUCCAAAAGAAAGGUCCCAGAGUAAGAUUGGUUUGGAGUUGGGAUGGAUUUUGGGAAAGCAUAUAGUUUGAAUUUAGGUUGCAGCUGAAUUAUUGAUUGCUGGACAGCUGUUAUGAUUAUUAUUAUUCUUUGAUAUGUGCGGUAUAAGCUUCACUAGCAAGAAUGGAUUUAAAAAUAUGACCCACCUCAACUCUUUUGACUUGUGUUUGUAAUUUUUUGUUUAGUUUUCUUUUAUUUUUCAUGAACAAAUUGUGCUGUCUACAGUUUUUAAAAAUGUUUUAUGUGUGCUUUCAGAUUUUAAGUCUUUGAAUAUCAUCUGUUCAGCUGUCAUGACUAUAGCACUGUGUCCUAACCAGACAUGUUGCGAUAAAAGAUAUUAAAUGUAAAAAAGUUUGUUUUUCCGAUCGCUUGAUUUCAGUUUCUGUGACAAAUUGCUUGCUAGCCUUUCCUACAGUGAAAUCUCAUUGGUUAAAAAAAAAUCUACUGUAUGUAUGUAUAUUAAACAUUAUCUUCUGAUCGGUUGUCAUUGUGUCUGGUUAGGACACACUAACAUUCUUUCACAAAUGUAUUUCACUUUCACACUCACUUUACACUACUGUUCAAAUGUCAAGAGUCAAUACAUUGCUUUUGAAUGUCUCUUACGCUUACAAAGACUGCAUUUAUUUUGAUCAAAGCUAUAGUGAAAACAGUAAUAUUGUGAAAUAAUAUUACAAUUCAAGACAACUAUUUUCCAACUGAAUCUAUUGUGAAAUGUAAUUUAUGAUUAUGAUGGAAAAUCUGAAUUUUCAGAAGCCGUUACUUCAGUUGCCAGCCGUCUUCCAUGUCACAUGAUCCUUCAGAAAUCCCAAUAUCACUGAACCCGAACUUUUGAACAGUAGUGACCUGUGUCUGAGGAGAGGCGAGACAUCAAUGCAGAAAACAUGAAUCUAUAUUCUUAAUCUUUGUAUCAGUAUUCUAUUGUUAAAAUGGAGCAAGAAAAGCAAAAUUCCUUUUAGAAGUAGGUGUAACUGUAUUCUCUUCUCGUUAAGGCAGCAUCUUUAAUGAAUGCGAGUCCUUUCUAGCCUGACCAAGAGACUGUUAAAACUGUAUAGGCCGUCACGUCAGAAGAUUCAAUGUUUAGUGUUCUUGAUGGACCCGUAGAGCUAGUAUCCUUGUCAGUAGUCUACUCGUUAAAGCCUAAAAUGUCUAAACUAACUAGGGUAAUAGUGUUUAAAUAAUUCCUGUCUGAUUUCCAAAGAAUCAAAAAGAAUGUUGCUGCAAAAUGGCUUUAUUCAAGUGAUCUCUUUCUGAGCGUUUUUGCAUUUACAUGCUCAUAGAAAGAGCAGUGGCUUUGGAUUUAAAUGGGUAUUUAGUCAUAUUACUUUAUUAUAUCAACAUUUAAUGAACUCUAUACCUCUGUUUCCAUUUCCACCCCUUGCCAAGCAGUUAUCUAGAGCUGUCGCAUUUUCUCAUGCAGAUUUUUAGGAUCUAAACGUGAAUUGAUAAAAUUUUAUGCACUGAACUAAAUGGUCUUUAUAGGGGUAAUUUACUCAGAAAAUUAUACUUCUGUCACUGUUUUCUCACCCUUGUGUCAUUUCAAAUGGUUGUUUAAAAAAAAGGAGAUUUUUAGCAAAAUAGUCACACUGCUCAUUUCUAUACAAGCUCAAAAAAUUACCAUAAAAGUAGUUAGAUAUGACUGAUAUACUAUAUUCCAAGUCUUCUGAAGCCAUGUGAUAGCAUUGUGGAAAGAAAAGGCUCAAAUUUAAACUAUUAUAUGCUGAAAAUUGCCAUAUUUGUACAUAUUGAAAUUUGGCUUUCAAGAUAUAGUUACAAGAUAUACUGACAUUUGGUGUCAUUGACAUUAAAGGGACAGUUCACCCCAAAAUAAAAAAUCUCAUCAUUUACUCACCCUCAUGUUUUUUCAAACCUGACUUUCUGCAGAACACAAGAGAAGAUGUUUUGAAGCAUGUUGGGAACUAAACUGUUUCGGGUUCCAUUGUAUGGACAAAAAAAAAUGCAAUGUCAAUCGUUGGAAAGCGAAAGGGUUUAGUUAUCAACUUUCUUCAGAAAUAUUCUUCUGUGUUCAGCAGAAAAAAAAGAAAAAGAAAUGGAACGACAUGAGAGUGAGGUGACAUUUGUGGGUGUACUAUCCCUUUUUUUAACGAAUGGACGACAGGAUUUUAACUUUGUUUUGUGUACUGUUCCUUUAAAUCUGAUUUGCUUUGAUCUGGAUGCCCAUUUACGUAGAUAAAAUAUCUCCACUGAUAUCUAACUAAACCUAUCUAUCUAAGCCUGUUUAGUCAAUCAAUCAAUACUAUAAGCUGCCUCUGUGCCUUGAGACACCCGCCUCAAUCAGAUUUGUGACACUAGAGAUGUCAUAUUCUAUAAUACCAUUACAUGCUCAUAAAAUAAACUGACAUUCUUCAAAGACGCAGUUUGAUGUUAGUCUCAAAUGAAAACAAAUCCAGAUUUGCUCAUAAUGUUUGCACAUCAACAUUUUUUUUUUUUUUUUUUUUUGGGCGGGGGGCAUAAUGUAGGGUUGUACAUUCAUGUGUUUGACCAAGUAUGUACAUGUAUAUGAGUGCAAUAUUGUUCGCAAAAUGUAUUGUGAAGUCGUCUGUGUAUGUGUGCUUGUUGUGGACAAACUAUGUGAGACACUACUGUUCAAAGACGUGGACAUUAAAGAUUAAACAACUUAAUAAAGAUCUAACUCAA